CCGAGCGCCGAUGUCGCCGGGCCCGGCCCGCGAGGGGCGCCGCGGCGGGGAUGGCGCUGUCCAGGGGGCUGCGGUGCUGCCAGCGGGUCUUCGGCUGGGUGCCCGUCCUCAUCAUCGCGCUGGUGGUGCUCUGGUCCUACUACGCCUACGUGGUCGAGCUCUGCCUGGUGACUCUGACAAACACUGUAGAAAAAGUGGCCUACCUCACUGUAUUCCAUAUCAUCUUUGUAUUUUUCAUAUGGACGUAUUGGAAGUCUAUAUUUACUCCUCCACUACAACCAGACAAAAAGUUCCACAUGUCGUAUGCCGACAAGGAGCGCUAUGAGGAUGAAGAAAGGCCCGAGGGUCAAAGGCAGAUCCUCGCAGAGAUGGCCCGGAAGUUGCCAGUUUGCACAAGGACAGGGAAUGGCGCCAUUCGAUUCUGUGACAGAUGUCAGCUCAUCAAACCUGACCGUUGUCACCAUUGCUCAGUUUGCGCUGUGUGCGUGUUAAAAAUGGACCAUCAUUGCCCAUGGGUGAACAACUGCAUCGGCUUUUCUAACUACAAGUUCUUCCUACUGUUUUUAGCCUAUUCUCUGUUGUACUGCACAUUUAUUGCAACGACAGUCUUCAAGUAUUUCAUCAAAUUCUGGACAACAGAGCCAACCAGUGGUCAUUCCAGGUUCCAUGUCCUCUUUCUUCUUUUUUUGGCAGUCAUGUUUUUGGUCAGCCUGUUGUUCCUCUUUGGCUACCACUGCUGGCUCGUCAGUCGAAACAGAUCGACUCUAGAGGCCUUCUCGGCUCCCGUGUUCUCCAGCGGCCCUGAUAAAAACGGCUUCAACCUCGGCUUUGUCAGAAACCUCCAGCAGGUGUUUGGGGAAGAGAAGAGACUCUGGUUUUUCCCGGUGAAGUCCAGCCAGGGAGACGGACACUCCUUCCCCAUCCGAGCCCAGAGCGAAGCCCGGAAUCCCCUGCUGGCAAACGAGGAGCAGUGGGAGGAAGAGGGGAUGGAAGACGGCCACCAGCACAGUAAGGGCAGGCCGGCCUUGGAGGGGCUGCCACUUGGGGUGCAGGAGGAGCCUUUGUCAAACUAUAAGCAGGGUGCCCCCCCCAGUCUUGGGGCUGAGGAGAGAGUGGCCCCAUUGCUGUUGACUCACAAGGUAGGAUGA